AUGCCCUGCGAUUGCGGGUUUUUCUGCCUUUUCACAGAAAGAAGGAGGCACAUUGAAGUCCUUUGGCGUAAACGAUUAUUGGUCACAGACGACGAGCGUCGGGCAAAGCGCCGAUUCCUUACACUUAUGCGUGGAUUUGACACAGAGGAUUUGGAAAUACUUCGAAGGGCAGUCGAGUCUGUUGGGAUUGAUAUUAAACAAUGCGCCCCAGGCCCUCCAAUGGACCUUAUUGAGGAAAGGGAAAGCAGCACAAGUGAGGAUGAAGAGGAAUUGGAACCUGAGGCAGUUCCAGGGUGCUCAACGACGGUUUUGAGUACGAGGCCUAGACAUUCAAUGAGGCAAAUGGAGAGGGAUAGAAUACUUUUUCAACGUCAAAGAGUGUCCACCGUAGCAGAAAUCCAACCACAAGGAGGAAUAGGAACAUUAAUAACAACACAACAAAUAGAUAAUAAACAAUUGGGGAAUUAUCAAAGGAGAUAUUCAACAAAUACAAAUAGUAGAUAUAAUAGAAAAAUUAGCAAUUAUAGUAGUGGAAGGCGUUGUGCAAUGUUAAAUAGCCCGUUAAACGAAGAAAAUGUGAAAGAAGAAUUAAACAUUUCUUCAAAAACAAAAAAUUCCGCUAUUAAAAAUGAACAAGAACAACAAAAACAGCAAUUUAGUAGCAGAACAGUCAACGCCCCUCCACCUCCAGAUUCAAUAGCGACAGAUGCAGAAACACAAAAAUUACUUCCUUUGCCUCCAGAAACUCUUGGAGGUGUUGACAGUGGCCUUAUACCUCAGAUUGAUAAGCCAAUGUCUAUGCCUUAUCUUUGUUGUAAAAUGUGGCGUUGGAAGGAUUUGCAAGUAGAUGCUGCUUUACACAGACUUGACCCUCUCCCUUGGUGUAGAUUUGGAAGAGUAACUAUAAACAAUGCAACUGUUUCUUGUUGUAAUCCCUACCAUUAUGCUCUGUGGAUAAGACCUGAAACAAUAUCUUCAGACGAGCAAAGUAUUAGUUCAGGUGUUCUAGCAAAUGGGGGUGGUGGUGCUACUGCAAGACUGUCAAAUGAAGCAGCAGAUGCCACAAUCGGUCAUGUACGUACAGCAUUUCAACAUUCCUUAAAAUCAGAAGCAAAAAAUAUAUUAUUAAAACAACAACAACAAAAUGAUUCUUCUUCUUCUAAACCUCCCCCAGAACCUUCACAACAACAACAUCAACUAAUAUUAGAUGAAAUUCAAAUGGGAAAUCAUUUGCCUCCAGCUUUGAGCGCUAAAAGGCGAAUUUCGCAUAGUGUACAUCAUCAAGCAAUGUCUUGGGGUAGAAUGGCAAGAUGGCAAUUUAACGAAAGGGUUGGAGAUAUAAUUACUCUUAUUGGUCAAUUUGCUUUAAUUGGUCAACUCGCCGGUACUGUAUUUGACGGCCAAGAUGUAAAAUGUCCUUGGGAUUUGGACAAUUUCACUUCUUUUGCUUUAAUUAGACAACCAUCAGAUGAAUCUUCAGAAAUUUUUGAUGAAGUUUGGCUUUAUAAUAGCAGUAAUCAACCCUUAUUUGUUUGUAUUUCCAAAAAUGCAGUCAGAGCAACAUCAUCAACUAGUGAAGCUCCAAACAUUCGUAGACUAUCACCCGGUUAUUGUAUUCGUGUACAUCGAGUAUCUCCAUCUACAAAUUUAUCAUCAUCAUCCCCUCCUCUUCGUUGUUCACCUCACAAAACAAUUAUUGCCAAUGAUAUUUCUUCUCCACAACAUUUUGUAGGAGAGACAACAACAACACAAAUUUCUUCUUCUUCUUUACCUGUUUCAAUGUUAACAAUAAGUAUAGGUUCGGGUUGGGGUGCAAAUUAUGAUCAAAAAUCUGUUGCAAAUCUUGAAUGUCGUUAUGAAGUGAUUUUUACUUGA